CGCAGAACUGGCUGCACGUCCUCGGACUUACCUCUAAGGCUCAAAUCGACCCUUAUUUGGGAAAACUUGCAGCAUGCGGGAUAGGUCUUCGAUUCAGAGACGACCACCUCCAGUCUCACCGACGGACCCCACAUGUCGGACAUGCAAAGAUUGUCGCCAACGAAAGGUCAAAUGUAACGGCCACCAUCCACGGUGCGCAGCCUGCCAGCGCAAGAACAUAGAGUGCGUCUAUCCACGUGAUGAACGGAGAACCCCCCACCGCGCGAAAAAGGCGAAUGUACGAGCCCUAGAGAAGCAGGUUGAGGUUCUUCAGGAGAGACUGGGGAGUGUUGCAGACUCCUCUGCGGCUGCAAGGAGUCUGCAACACUCUCUCCAUCUUCACUAUCACACCUCUGAGUCACUAUCUAGUAGGGCUGGACUCUAUAGCGGAUGUGGGUCUACAUUGGCCACUGGAGGCUGAAGCAUGGGAUCCUUCGACGUUGGAUGCUCUGCCGGACGAUUUUUUCCUGGCUGACGAGUCGAUGUUCGGUAUGUUCGGCGGAUAAAUGCGAUGCGCAAGAGUUAUAGGGAUUGGAACGGUCAAGCGCCCGGACAAAAAGUGGAACUGCCAAGCAUAUUCAAAUAUGCCAGUGAUCUAAGCUGGGACCUUGCGUGCCAAGCCUGCUAUGCAAAAAGAGUCAACGCACG